UGCAGUAGUCGAAAAAUAUUCGUGAAUGUCUGUCAUUUUAAUCGGGUGAGGUCUAUGGAAAGGCCUCGAGAAUACGGAGAAGAUCCACCGCCAGGUCUUGAGGCCAUGUGGGGUAUGGAAACGGCAGCUGAAUGCGAUUGUCCCGGGCCGCCUCCGGAAUUCCUACUUCCACCGCCCCCCAGGCCGCCCAUACUUCAACCGUCUGACCCGAUGUACUGCACUGAAGAUCCUCUUCCCAUCGAAACGUGUGAUGCGCUGCCGCUGAUCGACGCAAGCUACCGCAGUAGUCCAUCUCUCCAGACAUCGGCUGUGAUAGUGCUGUGUUCCGUUGGUAUCUUCGUUUUCAUAGCCAUUAUCCUCGUGUGGAAACAUAAAAGGAAAGUACAAAAUUUUCUACCUUGUAAAACUUCACCCCAAAACAACUGUGAUGGUCCCACUGCUGCAGGCGGCAUUUAUGAGGAUCUUCAUGACGUCAUUCCACGGCCAACGCCAACUCAUCACCACCACCCAGCUGGUGGACAUAUCGUUGCUCCAUCUAUAGAGAUGAUAGACGUUAAGAACAACAUCCACUACCCCAGCGGCUACCCCAUAUCACAACACCCACCAGUCUUCUUGUGUUCGUCUCCAGGUCCAGAUCCCUACUGCUCCCAGGACCUCUACAACCCCGUCUACGAGGAACUCAGCGACGCGGACAGCGAACUAGCCCCAGCACCUCACAGCGAAGACGAAUUCGCCGAAGACGAGCUCAGCUUAGGCGGAGAGAUGGACCGACGUCGCCUCGAUCUUCCGCCGCCUCCCUACCGCCCCGAGCCGCCCCCGCGCCGCGAAAACGCGCGCUUCCGUCGCCCCCACGAGCCCUUGCCGCCGGUCCCGGGCAGCAAGAGACACCGGAGUCUGGACAGGCGGCGGCAGGAGUUUCACGAAGGCAUGCUGCUGGACGCGCUCCUCCAGCUCUACCCGCGGGUCGGCAGCGUGGAGCCGCCCCAUCGCAGGCAGAUACCGAGCAUAACGCAGAGAAUACAGUGUCUGUCGCCGACUCCGGGACCUUACGAGACCGUGCCUGUGCUGGGACACCUCGCUACCUUCAGACCCGUGCCGAAACCGUACUCUCAGGAUUCCGCGUUCGGCUCCGAUUCGGGAUACAGCAAUCACACGAGUGGCACAAGGGGAUCGAGUAGGGGCAGAAGAGAUCCCAGAAGGCUAUCGCAGUUAAGUGCAGAUUUAACCCUCACGUAAAACGCGAUGUGCUACAGUGCUAAGUUAAGACUGUUCGUUUUGUGGCCCCAGCAAGAAAAGUGCAAUGGACGAAUUUCAUCGGUGUUGUUUGUCGUCGGAGGAACUUUAUCUUAUAGGCGUACUUACUAUUUUUACGAUUACCAAAGUGAUGGUUGUGAGCGAACUCAAAUGUGAAUAAGCGAUCUAAGGACACAAAAAAUGCAGCAUCUCUAGAGAAGACUAUUUCUUCCUCUUGUAUAUUUUUUCAUGUACCUCGACAGGAAAUUUUUGUUACCUUCUAUGAGGUGAACAUGUUUCAAUCAAACACACUUUGUAAUUAAUUAGGUUCGACUGUACAUUGAUUUUCGACAUUCCAGGUUUGACGUAGAAAUCGCACACAACACACUUCGUUCAAUAUUGAUAAGUAACACUGUAAAUACCCUUCAACUGUAAAUUUCUUCUUCGGACAAACCAAAGUUUCUAGAUUUAAAUUUUCUAAAAGUCUUGUAGUGUGUAUAGUGUACAUCUCUGUUUAUAAUUUUAUUUAUUUUUGUAUAUAUUAUUUAUAUUUUAGUACCAAUCUAUUUAUUACGUCUUCAAACACUGAUACAACUUUCCGAGUAAUAUAGUAGCGAAAUUAAAAUGGCGCUUGUUAGCAAUUUAAAACAUGUUUGGUAACCAUCAUAGGUAUUUUUAUAUACACACUGACUGAAUUGAAACUAUAAAACCCGAUGGCCUAACACCAAUGGUUACCUCAUGUGUGAUCAACUAUAAUCAAACCCUAUGGCAGGAUAGGUUAAUGGUUAAGCUAACAUUUUGUUUCAGCCUUUUUAAAAAUUUCACUUUCGGUUUAGAAAUGUUCUGAUACAAAAUGUCAGUUUCACGAAUUUAUAUUGUACUUAAAUGCCAUUAGCUUACUUCAACUGGUUUAUCAAAUGCAGCAUUUUAUAUAUUGCUAACAUAUAAACAAUUUUAUAGCAAUAUUAGCUUUAAUAUUACAUUUCUAGAGCAGCGUAGUCUUUUUUGAUAUUUAAAUACUCCACUUAUCAAAUAAACACAGGGUCUGAUUCGAAACUGCAGGAGUAAAUAAUUCAAUAUAUAACGUUUAACCUGCAAUUCAUACUUAAUUUAACACGGUUUCGAAAAAGUAUGUUUUUAGUCACAAUAGCUGAGUAGUGUCCGCCAUGUAUUUUGGCCGAUAACACUUUCUUUAUUUUUUAUAUCAGUGUUUGUAAUAUGCUAGUCCAAUUAUUUUUAUUAUAAUAUAGUUAGUUCUCAAUUAAAAAUCGGGAACUUUUUGUCAGUUUGAUUUUUAAUUGAUUGUUAUUUUUGUUAUUGUUUUAACUAGGACAAUUGAUUUACCAAUAAAAAAUGUUCCAGUA